UUGAGAUAACAACAAUAAUAAAGGUUUUUGAUUUUUGGGAAACUGUUAACGUGUUUGCAUUUGCAAACGUUAUAAAAACAAUGGACGUGAAACGAGAAUUCUUCGAUCCUCAUGUAGAUGAAAUAAAACAAGAAAUCGAAUAUGAAGAGUCUAAAAUUGAACAACAUUCGGAUUUGCUGAUAAAAAUUGACAAUGAUUCUGUGAGCGAAUGCGUAUUCUUGCAAAAUGUCCAUACAAAUACAGAAGAAAGUAAUGUUCGUGAGAUUAAAGAUACAUAUUUGUACAUGGGCGUCAGUGAUAUCUCUGAGGGUGAACUUGUGUCUUUGACUACUCAUUGUGAUUUACCCACUUUGAAAGAUGAAGAUAAUAAUCAGUCAAGCCAUUUGGAUCAGCCCUACAGCCCAGAGAUGCCACCACUAACACUAUUGAAAAAUAACACCAUACAUCUUUCUAAGAAGAGAAAGUUAGGACACCCUGGCCCUGUUUCAAACAGUUAUUUUUAUAAUAUGAUGAAUAGUGUACAAUAUAUUUUAAAAACUAAUUUUUCCAGACUUUCACUGGCUGAAAAAUGUCAUAUUAAAUCUUCAGGAAGGCCUACUCCCGAUUUAGAACUUACUCAGACAGAUAAAAGUUCAAAAUCUUCAUUUACAAGACGAUUUUCAAGGCAAGUGUACAAUAAAAACAAGUGGAUAUGUGGGUGUGAUACUCUAAAUGCAUUGUUUUGUUUUCCUUGUUUAUUAUUUUACUCCGAUGGAACUGAUAAUGUGUGGUCAAGAGUAGGAUUUAAAGAUUUAAAGCACCUAAACGAGAAAAUUAAGAAGCACGAACUAUCUGCUAAGCACAUAAAUUUUUCUACAGAACUAGCUUUUUUAGGUACUGCUAAUAUUGCUGCCCAGUUGAAUUCAACUUACCGGCAAAAUAUAAUAAAGCAUAAUGAGCAAGUAGACAAAAACAGGUAUGUUUUGAAACGAAUUAUAAAUUGUAUUAAAUUUUGCGGAAAAUUGGAAUUAGUCUUAAGAGGGUAUGAUGAAAAUGAUGGCUCUGAAAAUCGUGGUGUUUUUGGAGAAUUAAUUGACUUUACAUCUGAACUUGAUUCUAUAUUAAAAGAACAUUUAAAAAAUGCAACUGUGUUUAAAGGUACCUCGAAAACAAUACAAAAUGAAAUAUUAGACAGUAUGUUAGAAGUAUGUCGCAAUGAAAUUCGAGAGCAAAUUAACAAAGCAGAUUUUCUGUCAGUACAGUGUGACGAAACCAGUGAUAUUUCGAAUCAUUGUCAAAUGGUAAUGGUAUUUAGAUAUUUGCAUGAAGGCAGUAUAGUGGAACGAUUUUGGUGCUUUUUAAAAAUUUUGGAUAAGACUGCUACCGGUUUAACGAACUGCAUAAAAACUGAACUAGAAUCAUUAUUAAAAAAUACACCUGAUAAGUUAAUUGCACAGGCUUACGAUGGUGCAAAUGUCAUGAGUAACAAAACUGGAGGGGUUCAAUCAAAAAUCAAAGAGACCUAUAAAAAUGCUCAUUUCGUGCACUGCUAUGCACAUCAAUUAAAUUUAAUUAUGCAAAAAGCUACAAGCCAAAAUACUAAAGUCAAAAUUUUUUUUGCAACUCUCUCUGAAAUUCCAAGUUUUUUUUCCACUUCAACCCAUAAAUGCGAUAUUUUAGAAGAAAUAGUAAGAAUAAAAAUGCCAAAGGUUACACCAACCUGUUGGAACUAUAAUAUACGUACUGUAAAUUCGGUUUUUGAAAAUCGUGAGAAAUUGAUAGAGUGUUUUAGGGAAUUAGAAGAAAAAUGUGAAAAAACUAUUACUUGCAAAGAGGCUAGCGGACUAAAAACAUCCCUUGAAGAUCCCAACUUUGUGUUUUGGUUAACAUUAUUUCACAAAAUUCUUCCACACGUAGAUACUUUGUUUAAUCAGUUUCAAAGCGGAAAUAAUGAUAGUGUGCAACUUCUGAUAGAUAUAGAAAAUUUUAAGAAAGCAAUUUUAUUAAUAAGGGAGACUACGGAUGAAAUACAGAAAACUGUUGAAGAUGAACAUGGUGCAAUUGAGUAUAAACGCAAGAAAAUUAAUCCAGAGUGUAGAAAUGCUGUUAUUGCAAAAGAUAUUUGCGACAUUAUAAUUUUUCAGUCGAAAGAAAGAUUUUCUUACAGGGGUCAUUUAGAAGCUGCAUCUUUAUUGAGCCCUGAAAACUUUUUAAAGUAUUCAAAAAAGUUUCCGAAAGUCCUGUUAAAUUCAGUUGUUGGUUUUUAUACAAUGUUAAGUAAAGAAAAACUAAAAAUCGAACUAGAAGUAAUAUACAUGAGAGGGGAUUUUAGAAACAUAGUCGGUGCUUUAAAUUUACUUUCAUUUAUGACCAAUAACAACUUGGAUGAAACUUACAGCGAAGCAAUUAAAUUAUUAAAAAUAGUUAUAACUACACCCAUGUCUACUGCUGAACCUGAGCGUUGUUUUUCAACCCUUAAAAGGAUCAAGACAUUUUUAAGAAAUACAAUGAAUGAAGAGCGGCUGAAUGCAUUGGCAAUGAUGUCAAUUAAUAAAAAUUUUGUACAUAGCAUCGACAAUUUUGAUGAAAAAGUGGUAGAACAUUUUGUGAUGGUGAAAAACAGGACAAUAGAUUUUACUUAUAAGAAAUAAAUAUGUAUAGUGUAUAUAGAAUAGUACCCAUAGUUAUUAAGUAUUUAGGUCAGGAUAAAAAAGUGUGGUUUUGCUCCGUACCUACAGACUGCAUUGACUAGUUACUACAACCACAACAACAACAAAGGGCCUUGAUUGUCGAUCUGCAAAAUCAAGACUAAACCACAAGGCAUACAUUUUAGAAAACACUCUGCAAUUUCUUCCAGGACUUCUAGAAAAAAACUCCUCAACGCUCAAUAUGGAAAAAAGAAAAGAGGAACUAUUUGUUAUUGUUGCGGUCAAUUUUUCCUUAAUAAGUCACAGUUUCUGUUUCAUUUAUUUAUGAUUCAUUAUUGGGGAUCAAAAGUUGAUGUGAUUUGAGAUUUAGAAAUAGUGGGGUGGGUAAAUUUAUGAAAAAGGACGUUAAUUUUAGGUCAUGUAGCUUUUGAAAAUUGAUAAGGAUUGAAUGUCUGAAAUGAAUGACUAUUGUCAACAGGGUUGGACAUGUAUGUUGAGAGCUUAGAUAAAAGAAACCAACACCGGUGUUUAACCUGCGCAAAUGUUGCCAAUUUGUAAAGAAAGGUUAGCGGAGUGGGGGAACUGGACGGAGACACGAAUUUUGUGACAGGGACGGCCUUUGUUUAUUAGCAUCAUAAUGAACUAUUAGAUUUACUUAAAAGAUGUUUAAUGGAAUUUUGUAUUAUGAAAUAAAAUUAACGAGAUUUUUUAAUAUCAAACAGAUGUUAUGACAUUUUAUGUAUAGAGAAGACCUUUUAUAGAAUAUUUCGUUAGCGUUUAUUUACUACGGACUUUUCUGCAAGAGACUACAGUAAAAUGUUGGAAUUGAAUAUCGUUAAUCGAGCAAGAAAUGCUGUUUUAUGUUGUAACCUCAGAAAAAGGUAUAUUAAAGCUUCUUUCUUUAGGAAUAUGAAUUAAUAUAGAGGUAGAGUCACAUAAAACUCUAGAAAUUCAUAUGAAUCCAGAUAACAUUUUAAAAUUUAAAUCUAUUAAAAGUCAUUUGGUUGCUAGGGG